CAUGGCUGACUCUGCCUUCGAUGCCGCCACAAGGCGCGAACUAGAUGCCUUCCUCACUAGGGAACAGGCAAAUGCAAAGCUGCAUACCACUAUCCAUAACCUCACGACCAUGUGCUGGGACAAGUAUUAAUGCCCGUUUUUGUCCAUCUUUCCUAUCUAACCCUAUCUUCAGGUGCAUCACUUCCACGCCAUCCAACAAGUUUUCCUCCGCCGAAGCUUCCUGUCUGACCAAUUGCGUCGAUCGGUUCAUGGACACCAGUCUCUUUUUAAUCAAAAGUCUCCAAAACAGACGGGAAUCCGAGUAGCUUUCCAAACCUCGGUACACUUAUGCUACAUCUAGUAUAU